AUGUUUUAUGCACAAGUAGUGCUGGUGAGCUCGUCCAUAAACGAGAGGGACCAGAUGCUGUUCAUCAGCACGGAUGAAGGCUCGUCCUUUCAGCGGCAGCCCAUAUCGUUCACCCCGGACACGCUGCUCUUCCACCCCAAGGAGGAGGACAAGCUGCUCGCCUAUUGCAAGGAAGGAAGGCUCUACGUUUCCACAGACUUGGGACGGAGGUGGACUUUGCUGCAGGAGCGAGUGACCAAGGACAGAAUCUUCUGGUCUGUGUCUGGUGUGGAUGUGGACCCUGACCUGGUGCACAUGGAGAUGCAGGACACCAGCGGAGGCUACCUGUAUGUGACCUGCCUCAUCCAGAACUGCUCAGACAAGAUGGUGACGGCUCAGUUCCUGGGCAAAAUAGACCACAACUCGCUCACGGUUCAGGAUGACUACAUAUUUGUUAAGGUCACCACAGGGAACCGCACUAAAUACUACGUGUCCUAUCGACGUGGCGAGUUUGUGCAGAUGAGAUUCCCCAAGUACGCCCUGCCUAAGGAUGUUCAGAUCGUGAGUACGGAUGAGAACCAGGUGUUCCUGGCCAUCCAGGAGUGGUACCAGACGGACACCUACAACCUGUACCAGUCGGACACCCAGGGAGUCUACUACGCCAUAGUGCUGGAGAACGUGCGCAGCACCAAGCAGCCCGAGGAGAACGUCCUAAUCGACAUCCUUGAGGUUCGUGGGAUCAAAGGCGUGUUCCUGGCCAAUCAGAAGGUAGAUGGUAAAGUGACAACCCUCAUCACCUAUAACAAAGGGCGGGACUGGGAGCCAUUGGCUCCGCCCACCACUGACAUGAACGGCAAGCCUGUAACCUGCAAAAUGCCUGACUGUCACCUGCACCUCCACCUGCGCUGGGCGGACAACCCGUACGUGUCCGGGACGGUCCAUACCAAAGAUUCUGCCCCCGGUCUCAUCAUGGGCGCUGGUAACCUUGGCUCCCAGCUUGUGGAGUAUAAGGAAGAGAUGUACAUCACUUCAGACUGUGGGAAGACCUGGAGACAGGUAUUUGAGGAGGAGCACCACAUCUUGUACCUAGACCACGGAGGAGUCAUCGUCGCCAUCAAGGACACCUCGAUACCCCUCAAGAUACUCAAGUUCAGCGUUGAUGAGGGACGGACGUGGACCGUCCACAACUUCACCAGCACCUCGGUGUUUGUCGACGGGCUCCUGAGCGAGCCGGGGGACGAGACUCUGGUCAUGACGGUGUUUGGACACAUUAGCUACAGGUCUGACUGGGAGCUAGUGAAGGUAGAUUUCAGACAGUCCUUCCCCCAUCAGUGUACCGAGGCCGACUACGACUCCUGGAAACUUACAGAUCUGCAGGGUGAGAGGUGCAUCAUGGGUCAGGAGCGCAGCUUCCGGAAGAGGAAGGACAUGGCCUUCUGCAUCAAGGGGAAGAGCUACACCUCUGCUCUCACCGCCAAGCCCUGUCAGUGCACUGAGAAAGACUUCAACUGUGACUACGGUUUUGAGCGUUCCCAGGGUCUUAAGACGGAGGGUAGCCUUUGUUUUGCCGACUUCUGGCACGAUCCGGACUCACCGCCGGACGGCUGCCAUUUGGGACAAACCUACGAGUACAGCACCGGGUUCCGUAAGGUGGUGUCUAACGUGUGUGAAGGCGGAGUGGACAAGCAGCAGAAUGCCAAAAAGUACACCUGUCCUCUACUGCCCCCUAAUGGUCUACAAGUAGGUAUUAAAGGGCAGAUGCUGGCCGUGGCGCCUGGUGAUGACAUCACAUUCAUCGUCCAUCAGGAGCAGGGCGACACCACCACCACCAAGUACCAGGUGGAUCUCGGAGACGGGGUUCGGGCCAUCUACCAAAACCUGACGGUGACCGACGAACCCAUCCAGCACCGCUACGAGAAACCGGGCAUUUACAAGGUCACGGUGAAAGCGGAGAACACGGUGGGCCAUGACCAGGCCACCAUGUACAUCCAGGUCACAGCGCCGUUACAGGAAGUGCACCUCGAAGUGGUCCCCAUUGCCGAGAGGAACCAGGAAGUGAAUCUGACAGCCGUUGUUCUUCCCACCGAGGCCAACCUGACGGUCUUCUACUGGUGGAUAGGAGACGAUCUGCAGCCCAAGCUGUCGCUGGAGAACAGUCUCCUGACCCGUUUCCUAGCAACAGGAGAGGUGUCCGUCACCGUCCAGGCUUCCAACGGACGCUCCAUGGUGCAGAACACCAAGACGGUACGCGUCUACGAUAACUUUCAGGUCAUCCCACUGAGGUUCAGCAGGAAUCUGGACCAAUUCAACCCCAAUAUCCCGGAGUGGAGAGAGGACGUAGGCCAGGUGGUCACCAAAAUACUUGCCAAGAUCACAGGCGUUCCCCAGGAGUCCCUGGUUACAAUGGUGAAGCCAGGCCUGCCCACCACCGCCGACCUGUACGUCCUCCCUGUGGACAGCAAGCAGGCCAAGAGGAGUGUGUUUGUGGAUAAGCGUAUCCCGGCCAUCAUGCAGGCCUUCAAUGAGAACAACGUUAGCUUUGUGGUACGAGGGGGUCUGCAAGUGACGGUGAUGCUAGCCGACCCCAACGCAGGCUUAGGUCUAGUUGCUAAUGACUCAACAGCGAGAGCAACGGAGACUGGUUUCCGAGGAGCGGCUGGAGGUCCGGGUGUUUGGGCCCUGGCCGUCGUAUUCGUUAUCAGCCUUCUCGCCACGGGAUCGUUCAUCCUCUACAAGUUCAAAAGUCCUUGGCUUAGGACUGAGGAUGCCUAUCCUCCACUGUUUUUCAGGAAGCUGCCGGGCAGCCGCAAUGUGUACGCCCAGAUGCACAACGAGAAGGAGCAGGAGAUGACCAGCCCCGUCAACCACAGCGAGGACACGCAGCACAUCAUCCAAGGGGAGGAGUUUAUCGACGACGACAUGGACUCACAGACUCUAGGUAACGCGGGAGGGAGCAACCAUUCAGGCGUGGUUUUAAGCAUCAACUCCAGAGAACUGCACAGUUACCUGACCAGCUGAUGGCUGCCGCAGCAAUGCUAACGAGCUAGCGUAGCCUAGCCUAGCCUAGCCAGCCUAGCCAGCUAAUGAGCACAGGGACUCCACUCUGCCUUCCCUCC